ACAUGUGGCUGCUGUGGGCGGAACUACAAUGCUCCAAGAGCACACAAUAAUUUCUUAAAAACUUACGGUUCGAAUCGAACCCUAAAUUCGAUUCAGUAGUUUGGAGGAGCGUUUAUGGUGAGACUCACGAGGGCGGGGUUCUUCCCCUGCAACGCUUCCAAUCCCGCCCUUUCACAUUCCCAUUCCCAUUCCCAUUCCCAUUCCCAUUCCCACCUACUAAUAAUACUACUACUAUCUAUGAAAAAGGGCAAGAAAAAAAAAAGGAAAAAAAAAAGGAAAAAAAAAAAAAAAUUGAUUUGGACUCUCGGACUCCAGAGUCUGCGAUGGAGAGAUAGUCAAAGCGACAGAAGUUUCGCAACAUCUACAACGCACACGCCAUGACGCGAAGACCUGUUUAAUAAUAAAUUAUACUAGUAGGUAGAUAUGUAGAAAGAAACUCAUCUAUAGGAAUUUCAUCUCUUUUUUUAUUUUUUAUUUUUUAUAUACCAAAAUUUAGAUGUUCUUUGGCGGAGACGAACAAGGUCAAGUCUUUGCAUUGCAGGUACCAAGAGACAUAAGGAAUGCUAAAGGACAAUGCAACUCUGACUCAUAUGCAGACUCUGAUUCAAGAAUAGGAAACUAACCUCACAGGAAAGUUUUGAAGUCUUUAACAUAAAUAGAACUUUUCUAAUGGCCAACAGCAAUGAGCAAGAUGCUCUCCUACAAGUAGAUUCAACUCUGCGGUCUUAUGCUGAUUCAAUCGAACAUCCUGCCAAGGACCAUGCAGAGCAAGAAAAGAAGACGAGAAUGAGAAAAAAGAUUAGUAUGAUGUCUAGUUAUAAUGGACAUUGCUUGUCUAGGACCAAUCACAUAGAUAUUAUCUCAAAUCUGAGCCAGUCAGAUGAAUACCAUGAACGGAAAAUUUAUGAUAGGCGAGAUAAAAUUCAAAGUACAGUUGAAGAUUUUGGAUUUUCUGCGAGAGAAGAAUCUAGAACUCAUUGUAGUAAAAGUCUAAUUACAUCUUCCUUGGAAACCAAUGAUAAUGUAGAAUCUCUGGCUGCUUCUUCAUCAGAUUUGGUACAAAAAGAGAAAAAGUUUGAACAUGAGUCGGACCAAGCAAUAGAAAGAUCUUCUGUUUAUGAGCAAAAAACCAUUGAGGUAACUUUAGCAGACAGAAAGAGUGAAAGGAACCACCCUUCCUGUGAUUUGGAUGCAACUGAACGUGCUUGUUUAGCUGUUCUUAACAGAGAGGAUAACUUCGUGGAAGUUUCUCAUCCUUCUCCAGAAAGACUACCUGUUGCUUGUUUGAGGAGAAAACUUCUUAUCCUUGAUUUAAAUGGGCUGCUUGCAGAUAUAGUUUGUCCCCCACCAAAGGAGUGUAAAGCAGACACAAACAUCUCAAGACGGGCAAUUUUCAAGAGACCCUUUUGUAAUGAUUUUCUGAAGUUCUGCUUUGAGAGAUUUGACGUUGCCAUUUGGUCUUCAAGAACUAAGAAAAUUAUUGAUGGAGUGGUUGAUUAUUUGUUAGGAGAUAUGAAGUGUAAGCUGCUGUUUUGUUGGGAUAUAUCCCACUGCACAGGGACAGGGUUCAGAACACUUGAAAACAAGCAUAAGGAAGUGGUCUUUAAGGAGCUGAGGAAACUAUGGGAAAAACAAGACAUUAAUCUUCCUUGGGAGACAGGAUAUUAUAAUGAGUCAAAUACUUUAUUGUUGGAUGAUUCUCCAUAUAAGGCCUUGCUGAAUCCUAUGCACACUGGAAUCUUCCCCUAUUCGUAUAACUUCAAGGAUAGGAGUGAUAAUUCAUUAGGUCCUGAAGGUGAUCUUCGAGUUUAUCUGCAAGAUUUAGCUACAGCUGAAGAUUUUCGGAAGUAUAUAGAGGAACAUCCUUUUGGUCAAGUGGCCAUCGAUGAAACAAGCUCAUCUUGGGCCUACUAUCGUAAGAUUAUCUCCAGUCCCUCACUUGUAUCAUCCUAGAGAUAGUCUGUAGUAUUUUUAGAUUCGAUACUGAGAAACUAUGUGGGGAGUAUUACGGAUUACUUGCUAUGACUACCACUGAGGUGGGAGUUGAGCUACAUCUUUUUUGAGUUCAUAUUUAUUGCCCAUUUUUAAGAGCUUGUUCGUGAUUUGCAUUGUAAUUUAAUUUUUGACUUUUACUGUGUUGAGAUGGAAGAAGUUUCUGUUUCAAUGUCGAUUUUUUUUUGGCUUCGGUUCACAUGUUGUCAUCAGAUGUUGUAUUGUGUAAAAGAUACUUCGUUUUUUCUUUUUUUUUUUGGUACUGGUUAUUUCAUUAUACAGACUUGAUUAGUAUC